AUGGACGGGGACUACGUCACAGUAGAGCGGAUAUCUCUACAACAAGGAGUCUCCUCGAUACUAUUCCUAAAUGUCCUUGAAUUAUUCCUGCUAUUGGGAGCAUUUCUAUUAAAUCUACUAUUUCUCUGUGUUCUACUACGAUAUUCGGUAUUUCAUAUCCAUCUAAGAAUUAUAUGCCUACAUAUCACGUCAGCUAUCACACUGAUUACCGUAUACUCAUUAAUCCGAUCACUGGUCAGCCUAUAUCAGCUCUUCGGUGGCUCAGUGAUUACGGAACUGGACGACUCGUCCACUUGUCUCUUCGUUCAAGAAGUGCCCACAUGUUUUUGUAUGCUUUUCAUCGCAUUCCCAUUACUAUUGGUAAUCGAACGUGCGAUUGCCACCGAAAAAGUUCGAGGAUACGAGGAUUUUCAUUUCCCAUCCGGAAUGAUGCGACUCUGUGUGAUUUUCUGGAUACCAGCGAUUGUGUGGCUGAUUUUCGACAGUUUCACUUUCGCCUCACAAUCCUCAAUUUUAUCCUGUGAGCUACGAAAUUUACGUGAACAAUCGUGGAUGCAGCGUAGUGUUUGGUAUCUGGUCGUCACAUUUUUCAAUCUUAUAUUCAGUCUUAUGCUUAGAGGACUAACUACGAAAAAUCAACGUCAUGAGGUGGAAUCGGUGACGAGCGAACGUAGUCGGUACACUCUCUCACACCGUUUCCAGUUACGAGAAAAUUCUCGAACAUGCUCUUUUCUGGUCUCGUUGCACAGUCUGAUUUGUAUUUCAUUCAUUACGAUGUGUUUUGUGGAUGUGGCUGUCACGGAUUUUGGACCGACUAACGACAUCUACGCGCUUCUGUUUAGAAAGGAAUUGUGUUUCGUCGUUUCUCCGCUAUUUCUGAUUUUCUACGCCCUAAAUUUCCUUUGUCGACUCGAUAUUGUGUAUGAUAAGGCGAAAAAACUUGUUCGAGCUGUGUACGGUUAUGAGGAAGAAAAGAACCUUCUCGCCUAA